AUGAAUCAUUACAGAUCGGCUAAAAAUCAAGCUUCCUUGAACACUAGCGCGCUUCUUCUAACCAUCAAUGACAUGCUGGGAAAGGAUGUUACAGUGACCGGUCGCGAUGGAAGUAAAUAUACUGGAAUUUUGACGGCGUGCUCCCCCGAGAUGGAUUUGGGUUUGAGUUUCGCUUACAAAAUCACUGAAAGCAAUCAAAGAAACCUUUUGCCGAAAAGAAGUGAAAUUGAAGACAAGAUGCAAUUUCAUUUUUCUGAUAUCGUCGGAGUGUCGGCUUGCGCAACCGAGGAGAAGCCGGGAACAAGAGCCAUGGGAUUCGCCACCGACCGCGAUUAUCAUGGAACCAACGACGAUCUAGAUGAUCCUGACUUCGAGGAAUGGAAUGCCGAUGAAGACGAAGGCGUUGGUGGCUCAAUUGAAGAGCACGAGAACAGUAAUGAUCUUCCGGAUCAGCGCAAUCGUCGCGGAAACGGCUGGUCUGUUGACGAAAUGUUCAAAGUUAACGAGAAGCUCAAUGUCAAAUCCACAUUCAAAGAGGACUUGACCCAAUACACAACUGUUGGUGUUGAGGGAACAGAAGAAGACAGAAGACGUGCUGAUCAGUUAGCUCGCGAAAUCGAACAGAAUCAGUCAUCGAAGUUCUACGCCAAACUCGAAAAUGACGAUGUUGAGCGCGAUCUCGACAAAGAGACUGGCGAAGAUGAUUUUGAAGCAGUUGGAAGUAAUAACCGCCGUGGAAAUAAUAAUAGCGGCUAUAAUCAGCAACAAAAUCGUCGUAGCAACAAUAUGGCUCCGAAUGGGCAGCCAAUUAAUCGGCGUGCAGACGGGUUAAAGAGUUCGACUGACCGUAGAAACAGUGGUGUACCGGGAAAUCAGAAUCGACACAAUCAGCAAGGUUACUCGCAGUCGAGUGGAUCGUCGAAGAACAUGAAUAACUCGUACAACAACAGACGACAGGGUAGCCACGAAGAAUAUCAGAACGAUUGGCAAAUGAGCAAAGGCAAAAAGUCGAACGCUGGAAACAACAGUACGAACAAUAGCAUCGUCGAUGGAUCGUCUGCACCGAACAAUCAAAAGUUCCAGAAGCAGAUGCUCGAAUCACGAAACAGUCAGAGACAACCGACUGAGAGUGAGAAACAAGGUUCUCGCGUUGCCGACUUGAAACAUUGGAACAAGGAGUAUCCAAUUAUGCUGAACGCUGAAGAGAAGGAACCGGUGGCGGCCAGCACAUCGACAUCGAGCGCUUGGAAUCACGGUCCACCGAGUUCUUUGGUUUCAAACGCAAAGGCGAAUGCUGCGCCAUCGGUGACGUCAACGACUCAAUCAUCGCCAUCAACAUCCGCCAGCAAUGUCGAUCAGCAAGUCCGUCAAAAAUCGGCAAAGACUGAUGAUACGGAAAGUGCGAGCACCUCAGCCACAUCGGGUGUUAUCUCGGGGUCCGACGAUAAGAAUGAGAAUAAAUCAAGCGAUGGAAAUGAAAAUGCUCUCGGACACACUGAUACAUCCGAUACGUCGUCGAAUGCGGAAGGAACCAACAAAGUCGCUUCGUUCAAAUUCAACGUCAAUGCACCAGAAUUCAAGCCGCGAUUUCCACCGUCGACGCCUACUGCACCGAUUGCGGUGAUUCCUGCACAGCAGCAACAGUUUGCGUCCGAGCAAUUCGUCGCCGCUCAUCCGCAACAGAUUCACACGCCGAAUGCUCAGCAAGCUGCAAUUCAGAUGCAAGGACAGCCGAUAAUCCCCGCGCAGUCCAUCGUCCCACAAAUGCAAGUGCAGCACGUUAUGUGGCCACAACACGCGCAACAGUAUUCACCGUAUCCUAUGGUUCCGCAACAGAUCCAGGCGAUGCCAAUUCAUCGUGGGCAAGCCCAGAACGGAGCACAAAUUUAUGGCGCUCCCAUCGCUAGCAAUGCUAACGCGGUUCCAGCACAAGCUGCUCAAGCUUAUUAUCCACCAAAUCAAUAUGCGGGUCAAAUGCAUGGCGGACAAUAUCAGCAAAUUCCAGCUACCCAGGGUCAGAUGAUUGUUGGUCCAGCCGGCGCUCAAUCUGGAGCACCGACAGCGGCCUUCACUCAGCAAGCUGGACAGCAGCGCUAUUCGCAGCAAGUGUACAUGAUUCAACCACAACAAGGCCAACGAUUCCAAGGACCGCCACCUUCUCAUGAGCAACAGCAGUAUGCGAAUCAGCAGCAGCAGCAAGGCGCACCACAAUCACAUCCAAACAGUCAACCACCAACCCCUGGCCCGCAACAGUCUGGUCAGCAGCAGCAGCAACCACAACAACAACAACAACAGAAUCUUCAACAGCAAAACUCGCAGCAACAACAGUCGCAGCAGCAACCUCCUUCGCAGGCUCAAUCCGUCGCUUCAUCGGCUCCGGCCGGUGGAAUGCGCCAGGGUACGGACACCGGCAGCAGCGGUAGCUUGAGUGGAUCGGCCGCAUCGCAAUCAGGAGCUCAACAGCAACGCAGCGUAUCGCCAAAUCCACAAGGAGUUCCACAGCCAUCGGUGCUUCAGCCGAAUGUAGUGGGCAUUCCUCCACCACACCAACCAACUCAGCAGGCGCCUGUUCAUUAUAUGCAGAUGCCGAUUGCUGCUCAUCCAGCGCAUCCGAGUCAACAUUAUUACCAACAGGCAUGUCUUGAUAUUAUUCAGUGUUGUCGUAAUUGUCUUCUUAUUUGCUCACUGCUCAUGUUUAAGUCUUGGCCAGUAUAUUACCAAGCGAGUAUGAUGUACCAGCAACCACACAUGCAGAUGGCUCAACAUGGCGCAAUGGGUCAAGUGAUUCCGUCAGAUAACAAUAUGGAUCCAAAUAUGAUGCAACCCUAUCUCGACAAUUAUGGAAAUUACGUCCAAGGGUAUUAUGGUCCCCCACAACAACACCAGCAACACGGAGGACCAAUGUCGAGACAAAACUCUCUUCCGCAGUACCAACAACAACCACAACAUCCGCAACAGCCACAGACACAGGGAAAUAACUCAAAUGCUCCCCCACCACAGCAACAGCAACAACAGCAGUCUGGAGUUGCUCAAUCACAAGGACAAUAA